CAAAUUACAUAAUCACCUGUUGUAUUAUCUACAACAGGGGUUUCCAAACUUUACAGCCAGCGACUCACGACCCCCAGUAUCUUCUGAGGUGGUUAUAAAUGUCCUAGAGCUGCACACACAACAGCAGCUCGUCCUCCUUCAGUUCAGCUGUAAAUACUGGAUUAUUUCCAUCAGUCUACAAGUGAAGACGAGCAUCAGACCAUCAGGAGGAAGAGAAAUCUGCAAAGACAGAGUUUAUUGAAGGACAGUGAGAAGAUGAGUGAUCCAGAACCCUGCAGAAUUAAACAGGAAGAGACUGAAGAACUAAUAGAUGUGAUUGAGGAGAGUGAAGAACUGAAUGAAGAUGAGGAGAAACAUCAUGUCAAAAGUGAAGAAAAAACCCAAUCAGAGACUGAACAUAGUAUUUCAGUGAAAGGAACAGCUGUAAAUAGUUUGACCUGCACUCAGUGUGGAAAGAGUUUCACCCGCAAAAGCGGCCUCACUGAUCACAUGAGGAUCCACACUGGAGAGAAACCUUUCAAGUGUCCACACUGCGACUGGAGAUUUAAUAAUUUAAGAAACCUCAAAUCACACAUAAGGCUUCACACUGGAGAGAAACCUCACCAGUGUUCACACUGCGGCAAGAGAUUCAAUCAUCCAGGAGUCCUAAAAUCACACUUGAGGAUCCACACCGGAGAGAAACCUUUUAAGUGUUCACACUGCGGCAAGCGAUUCCGUGUUUCAAGAAACAUGAAAGCACAUGAGAGGACUCACACUGAAGAGAAACCGUAUCACUGCACUGCUUGUGGGAUGAGAUUCUCAUAUUUGUCUUCUCUACGAACACACACAAUAAACUGUCACAAUGUAACGGUGAAGGAGGAGAGUGAAGAACUGAAUGAAGAUGAGAAGAUACAUCAUGUCAAAAGUGAAGAAAAAACUCAAUCAGAGACUGAACAUAGUAUUUCAGGGAAAGGAACAGCUGUAAAUAGUUUGACCUGCACUCAGUGUGGAAAGAGUUUCAGCUUCAAAAGCAGUCUCAAUCAACACAUGAGGAUCCACACUGGAGAGAAACCUUUCAAGUGUCCACACUGCGACUGGAGAUUUAGUUUUUUACAUAGCUUGAAAACACACGAGAGGACUCACACUGGAGAGAAACCUUACCAGUGUUCACACUGCCGCAAGAGAUUCAGUGAUUCAAGAUACCUGAAAUCACACGAGAGGACUCACACUGGAGAGAAACCUUACCAGUGUUCACACUGCGACAAGAGAUUCAGUGAUUCAAGAUACCUGAAAUCACAUGAGAGGACUCACACAGGAGAGAAACCGUAUCACUGCACUGCUUGUUGGAAAAGUUUCACACAUUCAUCUUCUCUACAAUUACACACAAAAAACUAUCACAAUGUGAUGGUGGAGGAGAGUGAAGAUAAGGAGAAACAUCAGGUCAGAACUAAAAAAAAAACUUUUACCUGCACUCAGUGUGGAAAGAGUUUUGGGUGCAGACACCAUCUCAUUCUUCACAUGAAGAUCCACACUGGAGAGAAACCUUACAAGUGUUCACACUGCAACAAAACAUUCACACGUUCAGGAUAUCUGAAAGUACAUGAGAGGAUCCACACUGGAGAGAAACCGUACAAGUGUUCACACUGCGAGAAGAGAUUCAGCUGUUCAAGUGUCAGAAAAGCACAUGAGAGGACUCACACUGGAGAAAAACUUUACAAGUGUUCACACUGCCACAAAACAUUCAGACGUUCAGGAAAUCUGAAAGUACAUGAGAGGAUCCACACUGGAGAAAAACCUUACAAGUGUUCACACUGCGAAAAGAGAUUCAGCAGUUCAAGUGUCAGAAAAGUACAUGAGAGGACUCACACUGGAGAGAAACCUUACCAGUGUUCACGCUGCAAGAAGAGAUUCCGUGAUUCCAGACAAUUGAUUAAACAUGAAAGGAUUCACACCGGAGAGAAACCGUAUCAAUGCACCGCUUGUGGGAAGAGAUUCAGACAAUCAUCUUCUCUACGAACACACACAAUAAACAUUCAUAACCUGAAGGAGAAGAAGGUCCACCAUAGCAUCAACACAACUGAGAAACCACAUCUGUGUACUGAGUGUGGAAAGAGUUUUGCAAAACAGUCAUAUUUAAUUGCACAUCAGAAGAUCCACUCUGGAGAGAAACCGUUCACAUGCACUCAGUGUGGGAAGGGUUUCAGAUAUUUAUCACAACUUAAUGAACACAUGAUGACCCACACUGGAGAGAAACCACACAAAUGUGAUCAAUGCGGAAAAAGAUUUUUGAAGGCUUCAAACUUGAAGGUCCAUUUUGGAGUUCAUACAAAGGAGAAGCCUUAUCCAUGUUCUGUGUGUGGAAAAACGUUUGCACGUCCAUCACUUGUAAAAGAACAUGAGGAGAUCCACAUUGGUGUUAAAAAGUAUGUGUGCCUUGUGUGUAAGAGGAGUUUUCUUAGACCUGGAGAAUUGAAACGACACCAGAAGAUUCACACUGGAGAGAAACCACACAUAUGUGAUCAAUGCGGCAAAGCGUUUUCGAGGUCUACACAACUAAAAAAGCAUCUCAAUGUUCAUGCAAAGGAGACACAAUCAGUUCUUUGAUAGUAAAGAGUUUUACACUUCAAUGAAAUUUAUCUUCCUGAAAACUCGACUCCGUAUUCAUCAAUGUCAGAUUUGUUAGUUAACUUUUAGUAUGUUAAUAAACUCCAAUCAUUUCUAAAGAGGACAUACUUUAUCACAAUUAGCUCUGUUUUCACUAUACAGGGCAGACCGCAAACAUUGUUGUGCCAUUCAUCCACGAUCAUCAGCUCAUGCAGUAU